UUUUUUUUCUUUUUUUUUUAAGAAGAAAAAAUAAUAAACUUAGUUUCUGUAUGAGCAUCCGCGUAAGGAGGCUUCUGAUUUUCUGGUCUGGUGGAGGGUUGGGUGGGAACUUGGGCAUCAUUUUCUUCCUCUCGUUCUUGCCAAAACCCUAGUACCUGAUAUCUAACCCAGAAUUAUGUGUCUUUGAGGCAGAAAUCCCGCAAGAGGAGGAAAGAUUGGCAAAUCUGAUCUGGUAGGGUGCCUUUCCCUAAAUUUUCAGUUUUAAGUCACUCCAACUCAUACUUUUUCUCUCCUCCUAUUCCCUUAGUUCCUGGACUUUCACUCAGAGCUCUCUGAUGCCUCAGACUUUUCCCUGCUUUCACCCCUCUUGUUCAGGUGCUUUCACUCCUUUUCCAGAAGGCAGGCAUCCUACCUUCAGUCGCUCCAUCCCGCACUCUUUGCUUUCCUCCACCUAGCCAAACUAGUUUGAGUCAGCCACGCCCCUUUCUGAGCUCCUGGGGCCUUUUGGGUGGUGGCUGGCCACCCAACCCCACCCCCGGGCUUGGCUUGGAGACCUGAGUCAGCUCCAUCUCCACCCAAGCCAAAUCAAACCAGAGGCAGGAGCCGAAACUCGCAGUCCCUCGAGGCCCAUAGCCAGGUAAGAGCCCCUGUUCGUUUUUUAUAUUUUCUUUGGUCUCACCUCCCUAAACCCUCUCCUUGCAUUCUCCCCCUAAUGACUGUGUCUAUGUUCACCACAUCGUCAGUUCUUUCCUCAUAUCCCCUGUCCUGCAGCUUUGUGGCAGAGAGUCUUCGUGCUCUGCUUAUCUUGCUUCCUGUCACUCUAACCCUUGUUGCUUGUGUUCAGAGAACUGCAAAUGGCUCCAUUUUGUAUAGCAUGUAGGGGGAUGGUUGGAGAUGAGGGUGGAAAGGUGGUUUGAUGCCACAGCUCAGAGGAGCUGAGAAGUUAGGGAGAUGAGAGAUGAUUAAGCAGGGCAUCAUUAUGCAGGUUUCUGUGUGGGUUAUGAGGUCAUGUUGUUACUCUGAAUAUAUUGGGUGGCCUGGGUUAAAAUGGAGAAAAGAGGUAGCAGGGAGUCAGCAUAGCAAAGGAGGCCCAAUUUGGGGAGGUAUGGUUUUACUGAUGUUCAGCUUCCUCAGCUAAGAAGAGAGCUUAGAUGGGUCCUUUCCCUCUGCUUUCUCCCAUCUCUGUGUUCUCAUCAACUCUGUUUUCACAUGAGACAGCUGCUGUGCUUGAAGUGGGGUAGCAGGGCUCAGGGUGCCAUUUCAUGAGCCCUCCUUAAUAUUCACGAGCAGCUUUUGAGGGACUUCAGAGAAUGUUAAGACCCUUUGAAAUACAGUUUAAAAUCACUGAUUUGUGGAGUCUGAUUCCUGCCAGCUUUUGAGAUUCUGUGUUUCUCCUGCUUGUCAGUGUGCACCUGUCAUUGUGUUUUUCCCUACUUGUCAAAACAGUUAAGUAAUACAGAUAAUGCUACGUUUGUGCCGGCUUGCCUUUAAACACUCAGAAUCUUAGGCUGAGAAUAAAGGAUUCCGGCCGAACGUUUCCUCUCUUGGUCUGUGAGUCAUGAGAGGAAUUCCCCAGUAAGGCAGCAUUCCUGAGAGUUGGGCUAGGUCACAAGGACACAUCAGAGAGAGGGGCGGAGUCUGACCGACCCAGGCCAAUGGCUCAGUUGUUGGGCUUACAAGUACCUUGACUGUCGCCCACAGGUGAUGGAGGACGAGGAGAAGGCAGUGGACACCUUGGUGAGCAACACGGAAGCUGCUCAUCCUGCAUCCCCCGUCCGCUGCUGCCGGCUCCGCCUCCGCUGCUUGGCGGCUGCUAGCAUUAUCUGUGGCUGCUCUUGCCUGGGAGUCGUGGCCCUGGUGUUUGCCAUCAAGGCGGAAGAGCGGCAUAAGGCAGGCCGGUUGGAGGAGGCAGUGCACUGGGAGGCCCGGGCCCGGAACUUCAUCCUGGCCAGCUUUACUGUCUGGUUUGCUGUCCUCAUUCUGGGCCCCCUGCUUCUGUGGCUGCUCUCCUAUGCCAUCGCCCAGGCUGAGUGACCCUGGGUGGCCUCUGCUGAGAGUCAGCAAGACCUCCUGGAUCCUGCAGUGCGGCAUUGCUAGCGUCUGAGGCCAGCAGUGGUCCUUCCUGGCUGGAAGGAUGAUGCCUCUCUCAAAAGGCUUUGGAAGAGCUCUUCUAGACCUUUCUAAAAGGGGGCAGCAGCUUAAAACUGUUGAGGGGAGGCCAGCCUGCUCUGUUCUUUCAGUGCCCACCAUCCCCUAUUUCCCCCAGCCUGCUACAUCCUAGGGGCCUCGACCCAGAGGUGGGGUUGAAGACCAGGCCUGAUUUUAUUAGAGUUUGUUUUGUAAUAAAAAUCUUUUUUAGUGGUGAAAUGCUCCUGUCUAAUUGUUGUUCCCCUACUUCCCCUGGCCCUUGGCGAGAGCCAGACCGACAUCUGACUGAUGGCAAAAGUC